UUCGCGAUGACGUCACACCGGAGGAAACCUAACAAAGGCGAAGUGACGCCUCAGUUAGUCCGCCUGGAAAGUUCUGGACGGGUCUAAGUCCCUAACCAAGUCACAUCGAAAGUCAGCAGGAGACGUCACCGUCGGUCAAUCGAGUGCAGUGUGGCCGGCAGCAGAACUGGUGACAUGGCCGCUGUGGCUUGUUAGGUGUCACAGUCUCGCCUCCUCUUCUUCUGGAUCUGCAAGAUGAGUGACGGCGUGGCUCGGCAGUGCCUGAAGAGAUUACUGGACGAGCCGCAGGACACCUUACCCAAAUUUAAAAGAAUAUGUCUGGCCCCACCUCCUCCCGAUACAAGCCCGUCGCUCCACCUCAAAGCCAGAAGCCCUUCCCUCAAGCCCAGCCAGAGCCAGUCCAAGGUCCGUGUAGGGCCUUACUUCCUGUUUGAGCGCUGUGAAGGGGAGGAGUCAUACAGGGCAGUGCAUGCAGACACACAGCAGGAGUAUACCUGCCAGAUCCUGCCGUUGAAUGGCUACCAGGAGAAGCUGACCGCCUACGCCCGGCUGGGUCGUCACGACAACAUCUGCAGCCUGCUGGACACGGUGAUCGGGCCAGACAGCGUGCACGUCUUCCUGCCCCCUCACCACGGUGACAUGCACGCCCACUUGCGCAACAGUAAGCGCUUGGGUGAGGAGGAGGCGGAGCUUCUGUUUGCACAGAUGCUCAAUGCUGUGGCGCACUGCCAUUGCCACGGCGUGGUCUUGCGAGACGUGAAGCUCCGCCGGUUUGUCUUUACUGACAGAUUCAGGACCCGUGUCGCCCUCCUCGGCCUCAACGACUGCGUCGUCCUGCAGCACGACGACGACUCCCUAACGGACAGACAUGGCUGCCCCGCCUAUGUCGGCCCGGAGCUGCUAGCCAGCAACAAGGCGUCUUAUUCGGGCCGGGCGGCAGACAUUUGGAGCCUGGGCGUGUCCCUGUACACGAUGCUGAUUGGACGAUACCCGUUCCAAGACACGCGCCCCGCUGCCCUGUUCGCCAAGAUCCGGCGUGGAGCUUUCAGCCUGCCUGGUUGGCUGUCACCGCAAGCCAAGUGUCUGAUUGGCUGCAUGCUCAGGAAGUCACCUGCUGAGCGUCUGGAAGCCUCCGAGCUGUUGGCGCACCCUUGGUUGAGCAGCCAGUGCAUGUCGCUCCGCGUGGGCCAGCGUGGCUCCAGCAGAGCACUGCAGAGGAGACAAGAGGAAGACGACCAGGUGGUACCGACAUUCACCAAAGAACACUAAAAAAAAAACAAAAACAUUCACAUCCUGGAUUACUUGAGCCUCAAGUGCCUUCAACUCUCUGCAGUUGUGUCUCAGUUCAAGCUCCGCCUCCAGGGCAGAGGUGUGGCCAGCUAAUAAGUACAGUGGAGCCCCCAAACUCUGUUUCGUGAUCUGUUUGGAUUUCAAAACAAAUGUUUCUAUUGAGAUCAAAUGUAUUUGGAAUGACUUACAAUGUUUUACAUUUAACAACCUUAACUACUUUAACUGUCACACAAGUACAAGAUGAAAUCACCCACUAACAUCACGUAGAGCAUUAAAACUAGGGCUGUCAAAUGAUUACAAAUUUUAAUCAGAUUAAUCAGUUUUUAAAUUAAUUUAUCAUGAUUAAUCACAUUAGUAACUAUGUCUGAAAUAUGCCGAUUUUUACUGUAUUUAAUUAACAGAAAGAUAAAUGACAGGAUUAUAGAUAGUCAUGGAAAAAAUGAUAAGACCACCCUUGUUUCUUCAGUUUCUUGUUCAUUUUAAUGCCUGAUACAACUAAAGGUACCAUUGUUUGGACAAAUAUAAGAAUGACAACAAAAAUACAGGAGUUACAUUUUUUGGCAGUACAAUGCUAUAGCUAUUCAUGUAAGAACUUACGUGAUUUUGGUUAUUAUCAAGAAACCCAUGGAAGUUGGUAGAUAUCAGCUCUUAAAUUAUUUAUGAGCUAUAUUUGUUAUCAUAUUUGUCUAAACAAAUGUACCUUUUGUUGUGCCAGGCAUUAAAAUGGAUCAAUAAACUGAAGAAACAAGGGUGGUCUGACUGCAUUUGUAUGUAUUAACAGCUCCCAAUGAACUGAAUAUGUCAAGUCAAGCUAAAUGACACCACACAAGUCUAAAUAUGUAUUUGUUUAACACUAGUCUCUUUAAUAGUAGCAGAACAUUUGAAUCACUUUAAACCGUGUUAUGAGCCGUGAGGGGUCGUGUUGGUCAUGUAAUUUAAGGUAAAUUGACUUAUUUUCAGUGUAUUUUCCAGCAUACGUUAAUGUAGCAAAUUGGACAUCGGAAUUAAGAGCUACGAAGUGAGUGAUAAGAAUAUCUGCUUCAUGUUUUUCUUUAUCUUCCUGUUUAUUUACACACACAAUAUGGAGAUGUUUUUGUGAUGUUCGAAGUGUCCCUCAAUGCAUAUCGCAUCCCAGGGUGAAAAAUUUAACAUAUGAAUGAAAUAAAUUAGUUACCGCCGUUGACGCGUUAUUUUUGACAGCCCUAAUUGAAACACAACACAAACAUACAGCAGUCUACCUCGUGAUGACAAGUGCAAGCAAACCGCAUAAACAGACGGAACUCAAAUGCGUGACGCCAGUCAGAGAAGAUCGACAGGAGCAGAAAUGUAACAAUACAAAAACGCCAACGGCACUAAACCUGACUUAAUGACUUAAACCUGAUGACCGGCGGUCAUCUCCUACAACAAUGAAACUCUGGUCAAAAGUGCUUGGACAGGACGAAAAUAACUGCUCUGAGUAUUUUUCCCCCAAAAUCUAGUUCUACCUCCCAAUUUUAUGAGCUUUAAGGCGUUGGAGGUUGUACUGUAUUUACAUACAAAAGUUUUGUGACAACCUCUGUGUGGAAACUUAACAUUUUGGUUCACAAAAUCUUUUUUGACUAUUUAUUGCUUCACGGAAAAAGAUGGCCCGCAAACCACAUGAUGCUGUUGAUGAAUGACUGACCUGGAACUAGCCAAACAUGAGAGGCCUGACCACUUAAGACCUGACUACAUGAGGAAUAAACGUGUUUCACAAAACGCUCCAGAGAUGAUCUUUGCUUUUGUGUACUUUUAUUCCAGUAAUGUUGCACAGUAGUGUUCCUGUUAGAGACAGCCAGUUGAUCAUUCAUCAAAUCAUGCUGAUACUUCUGUUAAUUUACUGGACGACUCAUAAUGUGGCUGAGUCCAUCUGCCUGAAUGCACUCCCUAAAACAUCUGGGGAAUGCUCCUGAUGAGUCCUCCAUCAGUAUGACCAGUCAGCUCCUGGACAGCAUAUAUACUAUAUGUAUGAGCAUCUGCUUGGUACAAUAAAUGUUGUGUAUGUAAUUAAUAAUUGUUUUGACCAUGUGUCCACCUUAGUUUACAGAUGUCACAGUAAGUUCCAUUUCUGGUUCUAUGGUUGUCAUCAUACUUUUCUUCUUUGCCAUGACCACGCUUGUGUGGCGGCAUCCCCCAAAAAAACAAAGAAAAAAGCAAAACCCACUUGUGGAUUUAAUCUUUCAGAUUCUCGAGUCAGGCAUGAUGAAGUUGAUUUUGACGUUUUCCAAAUUGUACCACUUUUGGGCCAUUGAACUGUUCAUAGUAACUAGGCAAUGAAGUCAAAAGUUGAAUUGUGGAUUAAAUGUAUCUUGAUGUCUUAU